AUGACAGUACACACAGGAGAGAAAAAUUUUAAAUGUGAAAUAUCUGACAAAGCAUUUGCUCAGAAAUGUACUCUUAAAUCUCAUAUGGUUGUGCACACGGGAGAGAAAAGUUAUAAAUGCCAGAUAUGUGACAAAGCAUUUGCAAAUAAAAGUUACCUUAAAAAGCAUAUGACAGUGCACACAGGAGAGAAGAAUUAUAAAUGUGAAAUAUGUGACAUAGCAUUUGCUCGUACAAAUACUCUUAGAGUUCAUAUGCUUGUGCAUACGGGAGAGAAAAAAUUUAAAUGUGAAAUAUGUGACAUAGCAUUUGCUCAAAAGAGUAUUCUUAAAACUCAUAUGGUUGUGCACACGGGAGAGAAGAAAUUGAAAUGUGAAAUAUGUGACAAAGCAUUUGCUCGUAAAAGUAUUCUUAGAAUUCAUAUGGUUGUGCACACAGGGGAGAAGAACUUGAAAUGCGAAAUAUGUGACAAAGCAUUUGCUCGUAAAAAUGAUUUUAAAACUCAUAUGGCUGUGCACACAGGAGAGAGGAAUUAA